AGAUUUGGCGCGGGGCGGAAGAGUGGCGAGAGUUGGAGCCGAAGAAGAGGCAGCGAAGUCGGCCAGAGCGAGAUCCGGAGCUGGGGGGGGGGCGUGAGAGAGUAAACGCGGCGGGUUCCGAAAGCCCGAAAAACAGGUGCAUAAACGCGGCGUGAAUGAGACAGGCAAGCUGGAGGACUUCGACAUGGCAACCGGAGAAACCCUUUACAUCGGGUCGGACGGCUCGGAGAUGCCGGCCGAGAUCGUGGAGCUCCACGAGAUAGAAGUGGAGACCAUCCCGGUGGAGACCAUCGAGACCACGGUGGUCGGCGGCGACGACGACGAGGACGAGGACGACGACGACGACGACGUGCAGCCCAUGAUCGCGCUCCAGCCUCUGGACGACGACCCGGGAUCCAUCCACCACCACCACCAGUACCACCAUCACCACCACCACCAUCCAGAGGUUAUCCUAGUCCAGACUCGCGAGGAGGUGGUCGGCGGGGAUGAUUCCGACCUGCACACAGAUGACGGCGGCGGGGGCUUCGAGGACCAGAUCCUCAUCCCGGUGCCGGCCCCCGGGGUGGAGGACGAGUACAUCGAGCAGACGUUGGUGACUGUCGCCGGAAAGAGCUCCAUGGGUCGGGUGAAACGAGGCGGCGGCUCAGGCGGAAAGAAAGCGGGCAAAAAGCGCUAUAUGAGCGGCUCGGAGGCCGGAGCGAGGAAAUGGGAACAGAAGCAAGUGCAGAUAAAAACUCUGGAGGGGGAAUUCUCCGUGACGAUGUGGGCGUCGGACAUUGACCACGAGUCGGUGGUGGAGGAGCAGAUCGUGGGCGAGAACUCGCCACCCGACUACUCGGAGUACAUGACGGGCAAGAAGCUGCCCCCAGGCGGCAUCCCGGGCAUCGACCUCUCCGAUCCCAAGCAACUGGCCGAGUUUGCCAGGAUGAAACCCAGGAAAAUCAAAGAGGACGACGCUCCCCGGACGAUAGCUUGCCCUCAUAAAGGAUGCACAAAGAUGUUCAGGGACAACUCGGCCAUGAGGAAGCACCUGCAUACCCACGGGCCACGCGUCCACGUCUGCGCCGAGUGCGGCAAGGCCUUCGUGGAGAGCUCCAAGCUCAAGCGGCACCAGCUCGUCCACACGGGCGAGAAGCCCUUCCAGUGCACCUUCGAAGGCUGCGGCAAGCGCUUCUCGCUGGACUUCAACCUGCGCACCCACGUACGCAUCCACACGGGCGACCGUCCGUACGUGUGCCCCUUCGACGGCUGCAAUAAGAAGUUUGCGCAGUCCACCAACCUCAAGUCGCACAUCCUCACACACGCCAAAGCCAAGAACAACCAAUGAGACGUCUCCCCUUCCUCUUCUGCCCCAAUGCGCCGCAAAGAAAAACAAACAACAAAAAACACUGAACACUUUUUUUUUCUCCCCCCUCUCCUGCCAUUUCAAAUGGGGAAAAAUGGAGCCCCCCCCC